CUCAACUCAGAGCCUUCAUGUUCAAAAACACAUUUCAGUCUGGCUUUCUGUCCAUAUUCUAUAGUAUUGGAAAUGAACCGCUACAGUUAUGGUCAGAGCACAUAACACAAGCAGACUCAAAGGAGACUACUUCAGCGGAAGAGACUUCCCAAGUCAUCAGCAAAGCUCACAUCUCGCGCGUCGCUGACGAACACAUUAGUUCACUGACCUUGGAAAUCCUAUCAUCAAAUCUAGCCGACACCUACAUAUCAUGUCCACCUCGACCAGAUCGCACGCUCGGCAUAAAGCUGCCAUACCUAGUAUUACUACUCAAAAACCUGAAUCGAUAUUUUUCUUUUGAAGUCGAAAUCAUGGAUGAUAUGGGCAUUAAACGCAGAUUCCGAGCAUCAAAUUUUCAGGGGAGCACAAGAGUAAAGCCCUACAUCACCACUAUGCCAAUGCGGUUGGACCCUGGCUGGAACCAGGUCACAUUUAAUCUGGCUGAUUUCACCAAACGAGCAUACGGGACACAAUAUGUUGAGACUUUACGAGUGACAAUCCAUGCGAAUUGCCGGCUUCGAAGGGUUUAUUUUACAGACAAGUUGUAUGGUGAAGACGAACUGCCGCCUGAAUUCAAACUAUUCUUACCGGUGGAAAACGCAUAGCGCAAUAGAUUCCACAUGUCCCCGUUCACUAAUACAUAGAAUUCCAAUUAUACAUAGAUAUUCCAGUGAUAGUGGAGGAUCGACAUGAAUGCACGCUCGGAAAGAGGGUACAAUCAUGCACGCAUUCAUCUUGUUCACGAUAAAUUUGUAUUUACCCACAGUAUUAAGAUA